GCCUUGCUGAGUUGCAAGCGUCCGGGGCCUGCCUGCUCCUCCUUUGUGAAGGGGGGAGGCUCCAGUCCGGGCCGGGCUCCGCUCCGGGUUUGGCAGGCCGCCGCGGCGCUGGGUAAAAUGGCAGUGCUGAGCCUCGUGUCGGAGUGAGCAGGACUCGGCGGACGAGAGUCGGGAGCUGCUGCUCGGCUCGCCUAGUCCGGCCCCGCCACCGCCGCACCGCCCGGCUCCAGGGACGGGGUCCGCUCGCCCGCCGUAUCCCCCUCCCUCCUGCCUCUCCCACGCCGGGAGCCCCGUCCCGGGUUCCCCCCUCCUCCCCCCCGAUCCCUCCUCCCCUUUCUCCGCCGGCUGCAACCGAGGAGGCACAGCGGGGCCAGGCCCCGGGGAGCCCAGCCCAGCGGAGCCCUCCCCGCCUCGCCAGCCAGGCCGGGGGGGAAUGAGCCCCUGCUGCCCUGAAGAGCCCGCCGCCGCCUGAGCGGGGAGCAGCAGAGCAGCGAGGCCUCCCGCCGGCCGGCCAGGCAGGGGAGCAGCUCGGGGGCAGGGGUCCGGGGGGGUGGCUAGGUGGGGAGGGGGGAUCAUGGCUGCUCAGGUCGCCCCCGCCGCCGCCAGCAGCCUGGGCGCCCCGGCUCCAGCCGAGCUGAAGAAAGCGGAGGCGCAGCAGCGGGAUUGUCCCCCGGAGGAGGCGGGGGGCGAGGCGGUGGCGGAGCGCGGCGGCGAGAAGCAGGCGGAGAGCGAGGGCCCCCCGGGGAAGGAGCUGCAGGACGGGGCCGAGAGCAACGGAGGGGACGCCGGGGCCGAGCCCGACCUGAAGAGCUCGAACGGGAACGCGGGCCCCAGGCCCGCCGCUGCCGCCGCCACCCUGAACAAUAACCUCCCGGAGCCGCCCGGUGGCGGCGGCGGCAGCAGCGACGGGGUGGGGGCGCCGCAGCAGCAGCAGCCGCCGCCGCCGCAGCAGCCUCCCCCUUCCCACCCGGCCGCCUUGCCCCCGCCAGCCUACGGCUUCGGGCAGCCCUACGGCCGGGGAGCCCAGGCUGCUGCCGUCGCUGCCGCCGCCGCGGCUGCCUUCCACCAACAUGGCGGACAACAAAGCACUGGCAUGGCAGCGCUGCAGAGCGGGGGCCUGGAGCAGCCCUACCCGGGACCGACGGGGGCCCCCCCCGGGGCCGCCCCCCCCCAGAACUCGCACGGCGGCGCCGAGCACGGCUUCCCCAACCACCAGUACAACUCUUACUACCCGGCGGCAGCCGGGCGCAGCGCCGGCGCCUACCCGCCUCCCCCCCAGGCCUACGCCCUGAGCUCCCCCCGGGGCAGCACGCAGAGCCCCGCGCAAGCGGCCGCCGGGGCCAAAUCCCCCGCCGCCGCCGCCGCCUUCCAGCAGCAGCGCUUCGGGGCCAUGGGGCCCUCGGCCGCCGGCGGGGCAGCAGGAGGAGGGGGCGCCACCCCGCAGCCCACAGCUACCCCCACCCUCAACCAGCUGCUUACCUCCCCCAGCUCAGCCCGUGGCUACCAGGGCUACCCCGGGGGCGACUACAGCAGCGGGCCCCAGGACGGGGGAGCCGCCGCCAAGGGCCCGGCCGCGGACAUGGCCUCCCAGUACGGUGGGGGCAAUAGCCAGGCCUGGGCCACGGCCACAGGAGGGGGCCAACAAAGGAGCCACCAUGCGCCCAUGAGCCCCGGGAGCAGCAGCGCUGGAGGGGGACAGCCGCUCGCUAGGACCCAGCAGCCAUCAAGCCCAAUGGAUCAGAUGGGGAAGAUGAGACCUCAGCCAUAUGGAGGAAGUAACCCGUACACACAGCAGCAGGGACCUCAGUCGGGACCACAGCAAGGACAUGGAUAUCCAGGGCAGCCAUAUGGGCCACAGACUCCCCAGAGAUAUUCCAUGGGAAUUCAAGGCAGGACGCAGAGUGCAAUGGGCAGCAUCUCAUAUGCACAGCAGAUUCCUCCUUAUGGACAGCAGGGCCCAAGUGCCUAUGGACAGCAGAGCCAGACUCCAUAUUACAACCAGCAAAGUCCUCAUUCCCAGCCACAGCAGCCUCCCUACUCUCAGCAACCACCAUCCCAGACCUCUCACUCCCAAACUUCUUAUCAACAGCAGCAGACUCCGUCUCAACCUACACAGCUUCCGUCAUCCCAGCCUCCAUACUCCCAGCAGCAGUCCCAACCACCUCAUCAGCAGUCCCCAUCACCGUAUCCCCAGCAGCAGCCCGCGGCCCAGCAACAUCAACAGAGUCAGCCUCCGUACUCCCAGCAGCCGUCACAGUCGCCCUACCAGCAGCAGCAACAAACGCCGCAACCCGCCUCUUCUGCUCUUUCUCAGCAGUCGUCUUCGUACCCUCCGUCACAACCGCAGCAACAGCAGCAGUCCGCGUACUCCCAGCAACGCUUCCCACCGCCACAGGAGUUAUCUCAAGACUCAUUUGGGUCCCAGGCAUCAUCUGCCCCCUCAAUGGCUUCCAGUAAAGGACAAGAAGAUAUGAACUUGAAUCUUCAGUCAAGGCCCUCCAGCCUGCCGGAUCUGUCUGGUUCAAUAGAUGAUCUACCCAUGGGUACAGAAGGAGCCCUGAGUCCUGGAGUAAGCACGUCAGGGAUUUCAAGCAGUCAAGGAGAACAGAGUAACCCAGCUCAGUCUCCUUUCUCUCCGCAUACCUCGCCUCACCUCCCAGGAAUCAGAGGACCCUCCCCUUCCCCUGUUGGCUCUCCUGCUAGUGUUGCUCAGUCGCGUUCUGGUCCACUCUCACCUGCUGCAGUACCAGGCAAUCAGAUGCCACCCCGACCACCUAGUGGCCAUUCGGACAGUAUCAUGCAUCCUUCCAUGAAUCAGUCAAGCAUAGUCCAAGAUCGAGGUUACAUGCAGAGAAAUCCUCAGAUGCCCCAGUACAGCUCCCCUCAGCCUGGCUCCGCCUUAUCUCCACGUCAGUCUUCUGGAGGACAGAUGCAUGCUGGGAUGGGAGCGUAUCAGCAGAAUUCACUGGGAAGCUAUGGUCCCCAGGGGGGUCAGUAUGGUCCUCAAGGAGGUUAUCCCAGACAGCCAAACUAUAAUGCUAUGCCUAAUGCCAACUACCCCAGCCCAGGAAUGGGAAGUAUAAACCCAAUGGGAGCAGGGAGCCAGAUGCAUGGUCAGACUGGUGUGCAACCCUAUACUGGGCUUCCCCCAGGAAGGAUGAGCCAUGCAGCCAUAGGGAACAGGCCCUAUGGACCCAACAUGGCAAAUAUGCCUCCCCAGGUGGGGACAGGGAUGUGCCCACCACCAGGUGGCAUGAACCGGAAAGCACAAGAAGCAGCUGCUGCUGCCAUGCAUGCUGCCGCCAACUCCAUCCAGAACAGGCCUCCUGGCUAUCCCAACAUGAACCAAGGGGGGAUGAUGGGAACUGGAGCUCCUUAUGGACAAGGAAUUAACAGUAUGGCUGGCAUGAUAAACCCCCAGGGUCCUCCAUAUCCUAUGAGUGGGAAUAUGGCCAACAACUCGGCAGGGAUGGCAGCAAGUCCUGAGAUGAUGGGCCUUGGGGAUGUAAAAUUAACGCCUGCAACUAAAAUGAACAAUAAGGCAGAUGGGACGCCAAAAACAGAAUCCAAAUCAAAGAAAUCCAGUUCCUCUACUACCACCAAUGAGAAGAUUACCAAAUUGUAUGAGCUGGGUGGUGAACCGGAGAGGAAGAUUUGGGUAGAUCGCUACCUAGCCUUCACUGAAGAGAAGGCAAUGGGCAUGACCAACCUCCCAGCUGUGGGCAGGAAACCCCUAGACCUUUACCGGCUCUAUAUCUCUGUAAAGGAGAUUGGAGGACUGACUCAGGUCAACAAAAACAAGAAAUGGCGUGAGUUAGCGACCAAUCUUAAUGUGGGCACCUCUAGCAGCGCAGCUAGUUCUUUGAAGAAGCAGUACAUCCAAUGUCUCUAUGCCUUUGAGUGCAAGAUUGAACGAGGCGAAGACCCACCCCCAGACAUCUUUGCAGCUGCUGAUUCAAAGAAGUCCCAGCCCAAGAUACAGCCCCCAUCUCCAGCGGGUUCAGGCUCCAUGCAGGGGCCUCAGACACCUCAAUCCACCAGCAGCUCUAUGGCAGAGGGAGGAGAUUUGAAACCACCAACGCCAGCAUCUACGCCACACAGUCAGAUGCCCCCUUUGCCAGGCAUCAGGAGUAACUCAGUAGGUCUUCAGGAUGCCUUUGCAGAUGGCAGUGACCCCACGUUCCAGAAGCGGAACUCCAUGACUCCAAAUCCCGGGUACCAGCCCAGCAUGAAUACCUCUGACAUGAUGGGUCGCAUGUCCUACGAGCCAAAUAAGGAUCCUUACAGCAGUAUGAGGAAAGCUCCAGGAAGUGACCCCUUCAUGUCCUCAGGGCAGGGCCCCAACACUGGUAUGGGUGACCCGUAUAAUCGUGCUGCAGGUCCAGGGAUGGGUAACAUGGCCCUGGGACAACGGCAACAUUAUCCCUAUGGAGGUCCUUACGACAGAGUGAGGACGGAGCCAGGAAUGGGACCAGAGGGCAGCUUAGGAACCGGAACUCCCCAGGCCAACAUUAUGCCUUCCACCCCUGACUCAGGGAUGUACUCUCCCAGCCGCUAUCCACAGCAGCAACAGCAGCAGCAACGACAUGAUUCCUAUGGCAAUCAGUUCUCCACUCAAGGCACAUCCUCUGGCAGUCCCUUUCCCAGUCAGCAAACCACCAUCUAUCAACAACAACAGCAGAAUUACAAGCGACCGAUGGAUGGCAAUUAUGGCCCGCCUGCCAAGCGACACGAAGGGGAGAUGUACAACGUCUCGUACAGCACCGGGCAGGGGCAGGCGCAGCAGCAGCUGCCUACAGCACAGACCCAACAACCGAGCCAGCAGCAAACUGCACAGCCUUAUACAUGUCCUGCGGUGGAGAACCAGUAUGGGAGUACAUAUCCUGCCACCGACCGCCGACCUGCAGGAGGGCCGCAGAACCAGUUCCCAUUCCAAUUUGGCAGAGACAGGGUCUCCGCUCCCCCAGGCUCGACUGCCCAGCAGAAUAUGCCACCCCAGAUGAUGGGUGGUCCUAUACAAUCUACUCCAGAGGGCCUGCAGCAGGGCACCUUGUGGCAAGGGCGCAAUGAAAUAGGGUACAGCUAUCCAAAUCGGCAGAGUUCAGGCUCUGCAGCCCAGGGGCCUGCUUAUCAUGGAGUGAAUCGAACAGAUGAAAUUCUACAUUCAGAUCAGAGGGUAAAUCACGAGGGGCCAUGGCCCUCCCAUGGGAACCGUCAGCCUCCUUAUGGUCCUUCUGCCCCGGUACCCCCAAUGACAAGGCCCCCACAGCCUAACUACCAGACCCCUCCUAGCAUGCAGAAUCACAUUCCUCAGGUAUCUAGCCCAGCACCUCUGCCCAGACCUCUGGAGAACCGCACCUCACCCAGCAAAUCUCCGUUCCUGCACUCGGGGAUGAAAAUGCAGAAAGCAGGACCUCCCGUCCCUGCCUCGCAUAUAGCCUCAGCAGCCGUACAGCCUCCCAUGAUACGACGGGACAUCACCUUCCCACCCGGAUCAGUGGAAGCUACGCAGCCUGUGUUGAAGCAAAGGAGACGGCUGACAACAAAAGAUAUUGGAACUCCUGAAGCAUGGAGAGUGAUGAUGUCUCUGAAGUCUGGGCUGCUGGCUGAAAGUACGUGGGCCUUAGAUACCAUAAACAUCCUGCUCUAUGAUGACAACAGCAUAAUGACCUUCAACCUCAGCCAGCUGCCAGGGUUGCUGGAACUGUUGGUGGAAUAUUUCCGGCGUUGCCUGAUCGAAAUCUUUGGGAUCCUAAAGGAAUAUGAAGUGGGAGAUCCGGGACAAAAAACACUAUUAGAUCCUGAAAGAUUCUGCAAGUCUUCAAGUCCCCCUCCUGAAAAGGGGGAUGAAGAAGAGGAGCCACAGAGCCCUAACUCUGAGGAAGAGGAGGAGGAAGAGGAAGAGGAGGCUGCAUUUGCAAGUAAAGACAAAGCACCCCUAGAGAGCAAUGAAGAAAAACUAGUCAGUAAAUUUGACAAGCUUCCAGUCAAGAUAGUGCAGAAGAAUGACCCAUUUGUGGUAGAUUACUCAGACAAGCUGGGGCGAGUACAGGAGUUUGAAAGUGGAUUGCUGCACUGGCGGAUUGGUGGUGGAGACACCACUGAACACAUUCAAACCCACUUUGAGAGCAAAAUGGAGCUACUGUUAACUCACAAACGAGCUUCCUGCAACUCUGCCUUGAGAAAACGUUCUGCAGCUGAGAGCAAUCCGGGAACUAGAGAGGGGGAGAAUCUGCCAUCUGAUGGUCCCCCGGAGAAAAGGAUAACCGCUACUAUGGAUGACAUGCUUUCGGCACGGCCAGGCUCACUGGCGGAGGAGGAGGUCAAAAACUCGGAAGCAACAAAGGAAAGCAGCAAAUUUCCAUUUGGCAGUAGUCCAGCUCAGAGCCACAGAAAUAUCAAAAUUCUGGAGGAUGAACCUCACAGUAAAGAUGAGACACCCCUGUGCACCCUUCUAGACUGGCAAGACUCUCUAGCUAAACGCUGCGUCUGUGUCUCUAACAUCAUCAGGAGUUUAUCGUUUGUGCCGGGCAAUGACUUUGAAAUGUCUAAGCACCCCGGUCUGCUGCUGAUUCUAGGGAAACUGAUUCUCCUGCACCACAAGCAUCCGGAACGCAAACAGGCACCACUGACCUACGAGAAGGAAGAGGAGCAGGACCAAGGGGUGAGCUGCAACAAGGUGGAGUGGUGGUGGGACUGCUUGGAGAUGCUGCGUGAAAACACGCUGGUUACGCUGGCCAACAUUUCUGGUCAGUUGGACCUCUCCCCGUACCCGGAAAGCAUCUGUUUGCCUGUCUUGGAUGGACUCCUCCACUGGGCAGUAUGUCCAUCCGCAGAGGCCCAGGAUCCUUUCCCAACCCUGGGGCCUAAUGCUGUCCUCUCCCCUCAGAGACUGGUUUUGGAAACUCUCAGCAAACUCAGCAUCCAGGAUAACAACGUGGAUUUGAUUCUUGCAACUCCCCCCUUUAGUCGCUUGGAGAAGGUCUACAGCACCAUGGUGCGCUUCCUUAGUGACAGAAAGAACCCAGUGUGUCGAGAGAUGGCUGUGGUACUACUGGCCAACUUGGCACAGGGCGACAGCCUGGCAGCUAGAGCAAUUGCAGUGCAGAAGGGCAGCAUUGGCAACUUGUUGGGCUUCUUGGAGGACAGCCUGGCAACCACUCAGUUCCAGCAGAGUCAGGCCAGCUUGAUGCACAUGCAAAACCCUCCCUUUGAGUCGACAAGUGUGGACAUGAUGCGUCGGGCAGCUCGGGCGCUGCUUGCCCUGGCCAAAGUGGACGAGAACCACUCUGAGUUCACGUUAUACGAGUCGCGGCUGUUGGACAUCUCCGUGUCGCCUUUGAUGAACUCGUUGGUUUCACAAGUUAUUUGUGAUGUACUGUUUUUAAUUGGCCAGUCAUGACAGCCGUGGGAUGCCUAUACCCCUGUGUGCGUGUGCGUGAGUGGAGAACUUAGAAACUGACUGUUGCCCUUUAUUUAUGCAAAACCACCUCAGAAUCC